UCCAAAAGUAGCUCAAGGAAAACCAGACCACUGCAAGGAAAAAAGGCCCAUUUUGCAAGAGUCGCCAUGAUUACAGAUUGGAAAGUUUUGUGUUUCAUUGUGAUUUUCUUCGCUAAUACUGGACAAAGUCUGAAUUCACAGGCUUCAGGUAAUUGGCACAAGGCAAAUACUGCUCCAGUGUGUUUUGGUGCCAGUGGUACCCAGUUUGGAUCCUUCUACCUGCCAUCUGGCGGCGGGCUGGUCGCAAUAAAGCUGGUCCACCUGUUUGGUUACGUUUCCUGUGACGUUAGUCAACCCUACCACUGGUCGUUUUGGGGGUGUGGUCAACAUGUAAGUGUAGCACAAGAAGUUGAUGUGGUCAUAACAACAUUCGACAACAAAAUAAUUUUGCCACCAGGAGAGUUCAUAAAGCUCAGCCACCAAGCAGGUAAGUGGGCCAGGGUUCCCGGAUAUAACUCAGUAUCCAAAGAGAUUGUGCUGACCCCAUUUACCGAGCCUUAUCCAGUACUUGCUGGUCAGCAGCUACGCCUUUGGUACGGCGAGGAUCUGCAAAAUUCUACUGAGGGCGACAACGGAGGAAGGGUUUGUUGCGAUGUCUAUGCUCUGUUUCAAGAGUGA